AUGUUACAACCAACUACCGAAUAUAGCAUACGUAUUGAUAUUCACGAGUUAAGGGAUUUGAAGUUUAAUGAUGGAACAAGUAAUAUAACACCCAACCCAUAUAUUGAAAUCAAAGUAUGCAAUCAAAUAAAAACAACUCCCAAGCAAACAGCAGUUUCAUCGGCAUUGGUCCAAGCAUCAUAUAAUUUUACGGAGACUCUAAACAAAUGUGAUUUCGAUUGUUCAAUUAUUGAAAUUAAUGUUAUGCAUGCAUAUGUGCUUUCUAGUGCGCCUAUCGGCUCGUAUGUUCUUAGUUUUAAUUAUGUUUAUAGCAAAUCACAGCAUUGGAUCUACAGAAAUUGGGUUCCAUUGAUAUUAGGAGAGAAACCUUCUGAAAUUAUGGGUUUUGCACUUAUUACUGUUGGAAUUUUUGCACCUGGUGAUUCAAUUCCAGCAGUUGAUGACAGCAACAAUAUUGUGAGUAAUGAUGGCGACCAAGGUACAAGAAUUUCAUCUUCACCAGAAAUAAAUUUAACCCAAUACAAUCUCAAUGUAUGCAUUUUUAAGGGUCAGGACAUUGUUCCAAUUGUAGGAAUGUAUAAUACCUUGGAACCUUUUGUGACUGUAAGACAUGGAGUUUCAAAAAUUUCUACAGUCUGUAUCAAGAAUGAAUCGAACCCUAUUUGGAAAUCAUCUAUUAAUUUGCCUGCACAUUUUCCAUGUUCAGACUCAAAUUUAUUAUUUGAAUUAUGGAAUGGUGAGUCAAAACCGACUUUAAUAGGAAAAUUUAAAUUGGAUGUUUUUAAUAUUUUCAAAGAACCUUUUCCUAUAUCUUGGGUGAAUUUAUAUUGGACUCAACCUCCAUACGGUGGAGCAGCAGAGCUGUUUUCAUCUUCAAAUUCUUCAGUGACAUCAUAUGUCCCUAGUUCUUAUGCUGGCAGAUUGUUAAUUUCUGCUAGUUCACAAAAAACACAGGCUUGCUCAAUAAAGUCAAUUCAAUCUAUACCACUUUCAAAUGAACCACCAAUGACACGUUAUUUACUUUGGAUAGACAUUUAUGAGGUUUCAUGCAGGCCGUCUUUUGAUGGGGAAAUCGUUUUAGAGUUUUGUAUUGGUCCUCAUACUGCAACAACAAUUGCAAUGCCACAAAGCGGUGAGUCAAUUAUAUUUGAUGAACAAACAGGGAGAAUUGAUGAAACAUAUUUUUAUUUAUCAGAUGGACAAGACCCAUGGGACUUAUUCAUUUAUUCUCAAACAGGUUCAGGGGCAACCUUUUGGUCCUCAUCUAAAUUUACAAGAACAUCUUUUACUAGAAUUUUACUUUCUGAAAUAUCUAACGACACAAACGGAAACCCAAAUUGGUACACAUUAAAACCUAUUUACGACUCAAGUACAGGAUAUAUAUUCAACGUACUUGCAAAUAUUGUUAUUCUUCCUGCAAAUACAGCAUCAGAACGGCCUGAUAGAUUAGUUUAUUCACUUCAAAGUUAUUAUUUUAGGUCUUUUAUUUACGAAGGAAUGAAUUUGAGAGGAGUUAGAUCUUCAUUACCAAAUCCAUAUGUUAAAGUAUCAAUUGGUGACCAAACUAUUCAAUCUCGUUCAAUUGAAUCAUCAAUUGUUCCACAAUGGUACGAAGCUUAUGAAGUUCAGAUUUCACUACCAAGUAAUUUGUCAUUAGGAUCAGAUAUUUUGAUUGAAGUUUUUAGUCAGAGUCAUGGGUAUUUAAGCUCUGAUUGUAGAAUAGGAUUUACAUCCUAUAAACUGACUCAGAUUCCUAAAGCAUGGAAAUCUUCACCUGUUUGGCUUCACCUUAAACCUUCAGAUACAAAAAACCCAAAAGAAGACACAAAUGCCAGAAUAUUGUGUUCUUUCGAACUUAUAUCUGUUGAUGAGGUUAAGCAAUAUCCAUUUUAUGAUGAUAUUCGACCAACAACAUUUCCUGCAGAUAUCCGAUUAUUUGUAAUAGGAGUUCGUAUGUUUAAAUCUCUUAAUAAUCCAACAGUGUCCGUGUCUUAUGGUCGCGAGCUUGAGGAAUCAAACGCACCACUUUGGCACGAUUCAACCCCAUCCCCAAGUUGUGGUGAUGAAGGUAACUGGAAUUAUUUACAUGAUUUUGCAAUUACUGCUGAAUUACCAAAAAGAGAUGUGUUCCAAUCUUAUUUCGAAAUUACUGUCAAUGAAAGGGUUUCUGGAUAUUCAGGUGAAUCUAGCAUAUCUUCAGGAUUUGCAAUACUUUAUUUUAAUUCCGAAAUACCAUGGUAUGACGACAAUUCAAGGAAGUUUAAUAAGGAUUUCUUUAACUUAACUACUUUGGAUGAAUUAAUUAAUGGAUCAGUUGAGUGCGAGAACAACAAUCCGAUAAACAUUACUGAGCUUAAUCAAGAAGAAGAGGAGGAUUCUUCAGGAAAUGAUCAAAGAGUUCUUAACACAAUGAAAUCAAUAUCUGCACCUACAAAUAUUGUAUCAAAAUCAAGUUCUGCAUAUGAUGCGGAGGCGUCAAAUUCGUUUUUUUACCCUGCUAUUGAUCUAAUGAAAACUGAAGAAAAGAAGAGAGAUGAUGGGAACGUCUAUAUUAACAUGAAUUUUAAUUCAAAAGAAUAUGACCAAGCAAAUCUUGCUUUAAAACUAAAGGAAAUGGGAACUCUAUUUGGUUUUGAUGCAAGGCUAUUGAAUUUUGAUUUAAAAAUUUUUUCUGAAGAAGAUGAAACUGAACAAAGAUUUGAAAUUCCAUAUGAAUUGGAACAAGAUUUAGACCCUACAGAACUGCCCUAUCGGACACUCCCAAUUGUAUCGAUAAACGAAAAGGGAUUAUAUUAUAUUGUUGGAUAUAUAAAAUACACGUUGUGUAUUAUACAACAACCAGACAGUGAAACUAACAUUAUCGUUGAUACAAAAGAACAAGAAGAGGUUCUUCAGACAUUUUCAGAUAAUAGAAUGUGGAUUGCGAACCAAUACAACAAUAUAAAGCCUAUUGUUGCAAGGUGUUACAUACUUUCAGCAAGAGGUCUUCUUCCACCAAGCGGAGAUUUAAACCCAUCUGUAUAUAUUUAUAUUCGUUCAAGAGAGAAUAAUGGGGAUAGUGUAAUGGUUGAUGGAAAUGGAAAAAAGAAAAAAAGCGUUUAUCCAAAUAAUAUCAAAGACACUGGAUUUGUUAGGCAUCAAGGUUACAAACCUGAGUUUAAUCAGGUUUACGAAAUAGGUUGCAUUCUUCCUCAUAAUGCAUUAGUGAGAGUUUCCUUAAUUGGUACUGGAACAAUGUCAGAAGAAACAAUUGGAAGCACUUAUAUUGAUAUUGAGGACCGUUGGUUUCAUCCUAAAGUACAAUCAAUGUUGGAAAAUGAUACAACACCCAUAGAAAUGAGAACACUAAGAAUAGAAAAUAGUAUUGUAUCUCAUGGAACAUUAAGGGCUUGGUAUGAAAUCAUGUCAGAACAAGCUGCAAAGGCUACACCAAUUACUGAAUUAGCUUCGGUUGAUCCUCAAAGUUACCAACUUAGAGUUGUAAUUUGGCGUGUUAGGCAUGUUCCAAUUGAACCGAAUACUACAAUUUCAUUGUAUGUAAGUGGUAUAUACAGUAUAGAUGAAUCUAACUCCGACACUCAGUCUACAGAAACUCAUUAUAAUUCUAAGGAUGGGACGGGAAUUUUUAACUGGAGGUUUGUAUUUGAUAUUAAAAUACCAACUCAAUAUCCGAUUUUUAAACUUCAGCUUUGGUCAUAUGGUUUAAUUCAGAGCGAUAAUAUUGGUGAGUGUUCAAUUGACUUAAGCAACGACUUUGGAAAGGCAAAAAAACAUUCUUCUCAAACUACGAAAAUUCCUAAAACUUGGUUUGGAUUUUCACACCCAACAAAACAGAAUUCACCUCAAGGGCAAGUAGAGAUUGAAAUAUCCAUUGUUCCAGGGAAGAUAUCUGACUCUAACCCAGUAGGAAAAGGAAGAGAGCCUCCAAACGUUGACCCAGUCUUAGAAGAUGUUACAGAAAACAGAACUUACGUCGAUUGGAAGGGAAUUGGGGAAGCAAUUUCCUCCGCAACAUCAUCUAUUUGGAGUUCUGCAAAGAAAGGGUUCAUUAUUGCAAUUAUAAUUGGAAUCAUUGCACUAAUACUAUUUUUAAUGAUAAUGCUUAAAUAA